AUGGCCGGUCCCCCAACCCUCUCCCGCACCCGCCCCGUCCCCUCCGGCAACGAAGAAGCCACCGCCCAUCUCCACCUAGGCGACAUGACCGACGUCCCCUGCCUUUCCGUCUCCGAAUGCAACGAGCUGCUCUCCCGACUCGCGGCCUCUCAAGGCUCGGGUGGAAGGCCUCCCGCCAAUAGUGAUGUUUAUCUGAAGACGAGGGAGUACGUGGGGAUGUUCAGUAGGUUCAAGGAUGGCAAGACGGUGACGCAGGUGGAUGGGGUGAGCUCGGCGUUGUUGGGGAAGGGGGAAGGGGGCGGGGUUAGUAUGUUUGAGAGGGCGCAAUUGGCUACGUUAUGCUGCGACACAGCCGAGGAAGCGCGAACACUCAUCCCGAGUCUGGAGGGCAAGUUGGACGACGAAACGCUGCAGAAUGUGCUGGAUGAGAUCUCCAAGCUGCGUGACUUCUCGUGA